CAAAUAAGUCAGAAUAGUCCUGGCAACUAGUUUGACAUUUUCAAGGUCAUGUUGUUGGCACUUGUCAGUGUCGUUUUCGUGUCACUUCUAUCCGAUUCCGAAACGGUGAGUGUUCCUGGAGUGACACCAAAUGAGUUUUCUAAGGGAGACACAAUUGAAGUCAUGGCUGUGAAGUUGACCAGCUACGUAACUCAGCUUCCAUAUGAAUAUUAUAAAGUCCCAUUUUGUCGUCCAAAGCAACUUAUUGAGUAUCCACCAGAGAAUAUUGGUUUGUUUUCACCUUUUCCAUUCCUCAAACAAGAUUUAUUUAGGUGAGAUACUUCGUGGUGAUCGUGUUGUUAAUACCCCAUUUGCAAUAAAAAUGGCAGAAAAUAGAGGCUGUUCCCAAGUCUGUCCUCCUAUUACUUUAAGUGAAAAGGAUGCUACAAAUCUGAAAUUGUUUAUUUUGAAUCAGUACUCGGUGCAUCUUUCUAUCGAUAAUCUACCUUGUGGAACUAAAAUUUCUUCUGACGGUGGCAAAACGUUCCGCUAUGAACAUGGUUAUAGGCUAGGUUCAGUUGUUGAUGGAGUCGCUUAUAUUAACAAUCACCUGAAGUUUAUUCUACAGUAUCACGAGACCGAUAGUGGCUCUUACCGUUUUGUUGGCUUUGAAAUAGAACCUAUGAGUGUUUCUGAGAAAUAUCUGCAUUCAGAGAACGGUGUGUGCAAGGAUGUGGACUCACAUUUACCGAUUUCGAAUUGGAAGAGUAUUGAUGGGAAAGAAACUGUUAUUCAAUUCACUAGUGAAGUUGUUUGGGAACCAUCAGACGUCAAAUGGGCCUCGCGUUGGGAUAUAUACUUAAAAACUGCAAGUGGCCAACUUCAUUGGUUCUCAAUCAUAAAUUCUGUGGUUAUUGUGUUGUUUCUCACCACGGUCAUUUUCAUGAUUCUUAUUCGAACUCUGAGAAAGGAUAUUGCAAAAUACAACCGUGACGAUGAUGUUGAAGACAUUCUUGAAGAGUCAGGUUGGAAACUGGUGCACGGAGACGUAUUCCGUCCACCUCGACAUACACGUUUACUUACAGCAAUGUUCGGCUCCGGUGUGCAGUUGUUUUUCAUGGUCUUUAUCGUGAUAUUUUUUGCCAUGCUUGGAACCUUAUCACCAGCUUCUCGUGGAGCGCUAAUGAAUGCUGCGAUAUUCACUUACGUUUUUAUGGGUCUUUUUGCCGGAUAUUUUGCUGGGAGAUUAUAUAAAACGCUACGAGGAUUGUUCUGGAAGUCAACCGCUGUAGCUACUGGAUUACUCUUCCCUGGGAUCGUGCUUAUAUUCGGUUUGGUGCUGAAUACAUUCAUUUGGUAUAAGGGUUCAUCUGCUGCCGUUCCAUUUACCACACUAAUUGCAUUGCUGUCGUUAUGGUUGGGGAUUUCCUUACCUCUCAUUUACAUUGGAUUCUAUUUUGGUUACCGCAAACGUGGAUAUGAGCAGCCUAUCCGAACUAACCAGAUUCCCAGAGCUGUACCAGAUCAAAAAUUUUGUCAAAGUUUAUUGUUGACCACUCUCUACUCUGGAGCUCUACCCUUCGGUGCAGUUUUUAUUGAAGUCUUCUUCAUAUACAAUGCUAUUUGGGAAAGUCAGUUCUACUAUUUAUUCGGAUUUUUGUUCGUUGUAUUCAUAAUAUUGAUCAUAUGUUGUGCUCAAGUGGCUAUCGUUUCGACGUACUUUCAGUUGUGCAAUGAGGACUAUCAUUGGUGGUGGCGUACCUUCAUAACAUCUGGUGGAGCUGCAGUUUAUCUGUUGGGAUAUUCCUUCUUCUACUUUGUGACCAAGCUUAAUAUUACAGAAUUUGUUCCAACAAUUAUAUACUUUGGCUAUAGUACACUAAUGGCAAUCGCAUUUUGGAUUCUCACAGGCACUAUUGGUUUUACAUCGACAUACAUAUUUCUACGAUAUAUCUAUUCCGUUAUUAAAAUAGACUGAAAUAUCUGUGUGUUAACUAAGAUACAUAAAUUUGUUGUGUUGAAUUAUUAUUAUUACUAUUAUUAAUAUUAAGACUUGUAUUAUUGAUGAAACAAUCAUAAUAGUCCCUUAUUUCAUCAUUUUAAUAUUUCACACUAAUUUUUAACAUUUUCAUUUUGAAAAUUGUUAUUCCUCCUGUCAAUUUUAUAUUGUAUCACAUUAAAUGGAUAUACAUAAUGUUCAGCAUAGUCAGUGCUUUGAUUUCAAUUUGCAUGAAAUAAAAAUAUCAGGUGUGAGUUGUGUG